AUGGUGGACGGCCGCGACCAGCACUCGGCGCAGCACUCGGCGCAGCACUCGGCGCAGCCCGGCGGAGGAGCGUCGAGCCUCAAGCUGCAGGACGGCGCCGCCCCCGACGGUACGGACCACAUGGCCGCCUUUUGCGAGCAGCUGCUCGCGCUGCUGCGCGCCGAGCGGCCGCUGCUCGAGCGGCGAGGCCGGCUGAUCGUGGCGGCGCUCUGCGAGACGCUCGGGCCGCGCGGCAUCUUCGAGACGCUCGCGCGAGGCCUCACCUCGGAGGGGGACCUCGACUUCGCGUCGCAGAUGGUGCAGGCGCUCAACGUGCUCGUGCUGACGUCGGCGGAGGCGCUCGCGCUCCGCUCGCUGCUGCGCAAGGGGGUUGGCACCGCCGAGGGCGCCGCGCUCUUCCGCACGCUCUACCCCGCCUGGUGCCACAACCCGGCCUCGCUCCUGUCGAUGUGCCUCGUCGCGCAGGCGUACGAGCACGCCGCUGAGCUCGUGAUGCAGCUCCCGUUCCUCCUCCAGAUCGACAAGCUGGUGCAGCUGGUCGAGUCCCCGAUCUUCACGCACGUGCGGCUCCACCUGCUCGAGCCGGAGCAGCACCCGCACCUCCUCCGCGCCCUCGGCGGCAUCCUGAUGCUCCUCCCGCAGCGCGGCUUGCGGCCGUCCCUGAGCUCGGCGCCCUUCCGCAUAUUCCGGCUGCAGCUCGAGGCGCGCAAGCCCUCCAAAAGCACCGCCUCGGACGCCGCCGCGUCCUCGCUCGACUGGCGCGGCUUGCUACAAACCUACAAGCAGGUGCAGCAGAGGCACGCCGACCGGCUCUUGGAGCAGCCUCGGGGCGCGGGCGGCCUCGACGCGUCGUCUGGUGCCAGAGGCUUGCCGUCAGAGCACACAGCAGGCCGGGCGUGA